UCACAUCCCCGAGGGGAUCGAAGGCGUCUCUCUAGUGCAUCCUCCAGUGGACAGUGGACACCAACUCCUGACUGGGUGAUGUCUUGGAAGUCAAAGCUUCCCCUGCAGACAAUCAUGCGGCUCUUACAGGUGCUGGUCCCUCAGGUGGAGAAGAUCUGCAUUGACAAGGGUCUCACUGAUGAAUCGGAGAUCCUCAAGUUCUUGCAGCAUGGCACACUGGUGGGGCUGCUACCUGUCCCUCACCCCAUCCUCAUUCGCAAGUACCAGGCUAACUCGGGCACUGCCAUGUGGUUCCGGACCUACAUGUGGGGAGUUAUUUAUUUGAGGAAUGUGGAUCCCCCAAUCUGGUAUGACACAGAUGUGAAGCUGUUUGAAAUUCAGCGGGUCUAAGAGAGCACUUACCUCUUCUAAGAGAAAUACACUGGAUCUAAGGACUGCUGUGUGCUGCUUCCUCACAGCUAUUCCUGCGUUUCACAUCCAGCUGAGAGACCAAAAGGACAAUCACUUCAUUUACCUCCCUGUCAUUUGAAGCUUUAAUUGGGACCUGCUUGGACAUCCCUCCCCCCAGCUCACUUCUCUUCCCUCACCCUUCACCAUCAACCUUGAGUGAAAGAUGUCUAAGGGAUUGUCCAUUGUGGUUGCACUAGAAAUCAGACCGUUCUUAGCUCUUCUGUUACUCUUUUGCUCCUGGAUGUGGUUUGGAAACCAAUCUGACCCUGUCCUUGCCGUGAUCGAGUCAGCAUUUGAUUGAAAAAGACUAGCUGUAAAUCAGGUGCAAGGGAGAAGCUGCUAUUCCUGCAGGAGAUGGGGUUUGGAAACUGCAGUUACCGUCAAGUGGCUCCGUAAAGUUUCCGGGGCAUCCCUUCUGGCUGCAGGUGUCUCCCUGGUGUCUCAGCUGCAUGUUGGUAGGGAAGUCUUUCCCAUCCAAACGAAAGGAGAAGUUGCUGAAGGAAAACUUUGUGUCUCAGUUCUGAAUCUGUUCCUUUCCUGGAAAGCUGCUUAAGAAGUUUUGCAGUAGCUGGUGCUUUGGUGUGGAGUGAGAAGAUUUAUUUUGGGUUCCAGGCCCAGCAGCCUGUCCUUCACGGUG